AUGCCAGAAGAUAUUGCCCUCCAAGUAACGCGACAAACCUCAAAGGAUGUAUGGAGUGUCAAUGAAAUCAUGACCACCAUUCAACAAGAGAUCGAAGCAAGAGAGGUUAGCAAAAAAAUGAUUGGGACAGAGAAAAGAAGAAAUGCUUCGAAACAACAGCCUUAUGUACCACCAAUAAGCACUACCAAAUCCUUUGUGGCCAGGUUAGAGAGUCCCUCGAAGAAUAAGAAGUCAAUUAGAUGUUACUUCUGUGGUAAAAGCCAUUUUUCAAACGAGUGCAAGGAGGUGACAGACUUCAGACAACGCAAGGCGAUUUUGCAAGUGGCGAAACGAUGCUUCAAGUGUUUGCGAGUUGGACAUGUAUCAAAGGACUGCAGUUUCAACCAAAAAUGCUUUAAUUGCAACGGCAAUCAUAACUCAGCCCUUUGCAACAAGGAUGAACAAGAGCUCAGACAAGAUUCAUCUGUGGCGAUGUCAAAUGUCAAAGAAAAGACGAAUGUUAUGCUCCAGACUGCAACCGCAAUUGCCUAUGGUGAAGAUAGAAGCAAGAAGGUAACUGUUAGUAUAUUAUUCGAUAAUGGUAGUCAGAAAUCGUUCAUUUCUGAAGAGCUUAAACGUAAAUUAGAGUUGAAAUCUGAGAAUACGGAAAUUCUUAACCUUAAUACAUUUGGUUCUGAGAGAUAUAUUAAGAAAUCCAGCGAUAGGGUUAAGGUUAAUAUAGUAGUACAAGACGAGGUUGUAACUGUUUCAGCAUUAACAUCCCCUGCAGUCUGUUCCCCCUUAAACACUAGAGUAGAUGUAAGUCAUUACCCUCAUUUGAAUGGUUUAGCUCCGGCUGACAGCGUGGAUGUGAGCAACAAGCAUAUAGAUAUUCUCAUGGGCGCAGAUCACUAUUUCGACAUUGUAAUAGGCGAGGUUAUUAAGGGUAGCGCAGGACCAGUGGCGAUUAGUAGCAAGCUUGGUUGGCUGCUUUCAGGCCCUCUAUCCUUUUCAAAUGAUAAAGCAUUUGAAGUAUGA